AGCGCCCGUCAGACGGGCGUGGGGGGCGGCAGCGCCCGUCUGGACAUCCCCGUCCUGAGCGGCGCGUUCGUGACGGUGGCCGCCGCUGUCGUCGUCAUCGUCGUCGUCGCCGUCGUCGAGGUCGUCGUCAGGGCGAACAGAGGCGCCACCAGGGCACGUGUUUCUACGUGGUCGGUAAUUUGCCACGAGCUUUGCUUGCGCCCCGCAACCUCCGAAGAUUGCAUGGCCAGCAAAAAAGCUGAAUCGCUGCCAACAUCGGAGAGUCUGAAUCCUGGAGUCAGUGAAUCUUUGCAUGGUGAAUCUUCGCAUGGAAUCUCUCAUGGAGUCAUAACACAAAUUUGCAAGCCAAAUGGCCAACAAGUGUACCGUGAAGUGUCUAACACUCCACAUGGCCAACGGAGCCUUCUGGAAGCCAUGGCCUUCGGAGCCUCCACGUGCUUGCGGUGCUACCGUGUCUAGCGGUCCCAUAGAUCACAACACGCCGUACAGCCUGACUGAGCUGCCAUGUCCAGCCGCCUUUGACUUGCACGUUUUGCCUUUGGACGAAAACAACCCAAAAAUUCAGGGACAUUCCCUGAACCUGGAAUCCUCUUCUAUUGGGGCUCCAUUCCCCGUAAAUCAAGGGACUAUUAAGCUCUGUUCUUUGGAGAGAAAGAAGAGUUUAGGGGAAAGUUUACAAGUUGGGGGCAGUGGGGCUAUGUUCCCCCAGCCUACGUCUGGCUACAGAGUUCCCUACUCUCAGCCUGAGAGGAAUUUUUAUUCCCCAGAGAGGGAAUUGCUGGAGUUUGACCUCCCAUUCCUGCUGGGGAUGCGUCGCCCGCUUACCUGUGAAAGAUAGUGAGCUACUGAAUACGUUUUCAUUAUUCUUAUUAUUGCAAAUUUUUUUGCAUCCAUUUUGAAGUCAUUCUUCAUCCACAAUUCCUUGGAGUAUAAGUUUUCGUAGAAUAAAAGAAUUUAUUUAUACUUAAAUAACUGUAAUAUAUUCUAAAAGGACCUCUCUAAAAGUUUUUUUCCAUCUCAAAUAAAAGAUGUGGCGUAACUUAUAUUUUUUUCGAGGAACGAAAUAACUUUUCUUUAACUACUGUCUCCCGUCCGUUUCUGAAUUAUUAUUAUAUAGAAAUUAUCUUAUUAUAUUACUAAAAUGGGUUAAUACAAUUACAUAUUUCUAUUAUGUUAUAGAAUGAUUUUCUGAAAAAAUUUUGAUUGAAAAAAAAAAUUAUUUGAAAUUGUAGAAAAUUAUCUAAAAAUUUGAUAUGAAAUCUAUUCUCCCUCCACCGCAGCCCACAAUUAUAACAUUUUAAUGAAUGAAUGGAAUACAUUCC